GAAGAAAAAAGUAGAAUUGCAUAGUUCAAAAAGUUAACCUCUUUCUGUUUAUAUUUACUCUUGUGUAAAUCCAAAAUAAUUACAUAUUUUGUGAUGGAUUAUACUGUAGGAAGUAUAGCUGAUUUAAUAACACUGAUGAUAAAAUUAAAGUUAGGAGAAUUUCAAUCAAACUGAACGAAUAGAAACAAGGUAAGGGUAGAAAGUUGGAUAAUAAACAACAUUUAAACGAGGGAGGAAACACUAAUCUGAAGAAAAAAAUGCUUAUCAACUAGUAAAAAUAAUAUAAAUUAACACGAUAAUGAAGUGAGUAGCUCGGAAUCUAUUUUGAAAACAAAAGAGGAACAAAAAACGCAAAGAAAAAAAUGGUAUGAGUGAUAAUCAACAAGGAGAGAAUGAAAAAUAAAAAAAAGUAUCAAAUGAUGGAUGGCAGCACAGUUGAUGGUGAAAAAGAACAGUUAAAUCAAGAUAAGGAUACUACAGAACAAAGUCCAAAAAAUAAAGAAGAAGUAAAUGAACUGUUAGAAAAACCAGUAGCUAAUGAUAAAAUAAAACGAAAUAGUCAAGUAUUUGGUAUGGGAGACUUUGAUUAUGGAAGCUCUUCAGAUGUACCAGUUACUAUAAAAAACGAAGACGAGGAAUUCGAUCAGAUAUCUAGAAAAACCAACAAUCUUUUUGCAAUAAUUGAGAGUGAACUAGCUGCUAGCUUCGAAGAAGAGAGAAAUUUGAAAUGUAAGCUGAAUAGUUUCGAAAAAAAUUUGGAGAAAAAAAAGCAGCUUUAUGAAUCGUGUUAUAACUUGUACAAUAAAGAAACUAAACAUAUGGAAUUUAUCACUGGGAAAAACGAACUCUUCGCGAAAAAUAUCCAUCAUUAUGAGGAAAUAUUGCAAUCUUGGCAAAUUUUAAUUGAUGAAUUUAGAAAAGUUCCUGAAGAUGUCACUGUCAAUAACGGAUAUGUCAGUAUUUAACCAGGAGAAAAUUUAUAAGUUUGUGCCAUUAAUUACAAUAGCUUCGAUGAUUUAUUUUGGAACUAGCAAAUUACAGAAUUCAUAAGUGCAGUUCAUGUUGUUUGAUAACUUUUGUUCCAAUAUAAAUCAGUUAUUAUCAGAAAUUAUAUAUAACUUAUCAAUGGUCUCUGUUUGCUCAUAACUUUCGAACUAUAAAUUUGAGGUUGAAUAUAAUAUUACGUUCAUUAUGUUCUAUCAAAUUAAUCUAUCGACAGAACUUUUCAGUUACCUUUUGCUCCCUCCGUGGGUAUAUUUUCUUGGUUUCGCUGAUACACGAAACCCUAACAAAAUUAUGCAGCUCUAUGGGGAUGACACCUCUGUUUCUAUUUCACACGAAAAAUAACCUUAGUAACAGUAAAAAAAUUGUAAGCUACUUGGGACUAAGAAAUAAGAAGGAAAUUCUAGGCGUGACCCAUCAUCAAGGUGUUUGGCUAGAAAUUCGAACGUUCUCAUCACUUUAUUCGACAAAACUGAUAAAAAAGUUAUUAAUUUUUCAUUGAAUUAUUUUGAAAGCCGUAAUGUCAAUCGACCUUUUGAUGAACAUCAUCAUGUCUGAUGGUUUGCAGCUGCAAGGUGAGGUUUGUAACAACUGAAACUAGUUCACAAAUUUUGACAUCUCAGCGUAGUGCUAUAGUAAACUCCUCAAUCGGAGUAGAAACUCCGAACUGAUUUAAAACAAGACAUCUUGGCGGUUGGAGUUGCGAGGUUCUGAGAGAUUAAUCAAUAUAUAUCAUUUUUUUUUUAUAUCGAGAAUGUCAAAAUCAAAGGUCAAGGUCAAAUUGAUUUCUGUAGAUACUGACGUGUUAAUCAUUUGUCUCGGAAAUAUUCACAAAUUCGAAAAUAAAAAAAUAUGGAUAAAAAAUAAAUUGGGUGAAGAAAUUAAUUAUAUAAGUUGUACAGAUCUUGCAAGAUAAUUAAAAAAAGAAGAAUAUCCAAAAUAUGUUUGAUCAUUUGACGGAUCCGAAAGAUAUCAAUGACAAAGAGAAAAUAUAUCUUAUCUAAAGAUUUACUAACGAAAUGUAUAAUAUAGUUGAUAAUGUUGAUAGCUCAAGAUUUGAAUUAAUCUUGAAAUUUUUUGCAAGCACCAGUAACAAAGAAGAAUUUUACAAAGGUCUUAUAAAUUUAAAUCCUAGCAAUAUUCCUCCAUUCUGAAAAACUUUGUCACAAAAAGUUUUACGUACCAUAUUUAUAAAUGCAAUGUGGCAAAAUGCUACUGAACCAACUGCAGAUUUUAAUCUGAUUGGACGGUUGCUGCAAACAAUAUUACUGACCUACCUUUCACAAUUCAGUAAAUUAUUUCUCACUAAGUUCCGUCGAAUUGGCGCAGAGACCCUUUUAUGGACAAUUUCGGACACUUACUCUACUCCCAGCUAUUGUCUUCCCUGUUUGCGUGUUAAACGGACUGUCGGUUGUUCGAGAAGAUCCUUUUCUCUUUCGAAUACUAAGACGGCUACUGGUAUUUCCCUUCUACCAACCGCUGGACCUGCCUAGAUUCCGGUUGGUACCUAGAAAAAUAUUUCUAAUUAAAACGCUAUUCCUUGGUUGGCUUCUUGCCUGGAAGAGGACAGCGGAACGACUUCCCUUUUCGACUUGGUACCAAACUUUUAUUGCUGUAAGCGCUUCCCUUUCUCUAGCGGUGCGAAAGGUGAAGUCGCCUUGGUUACGGUUCCUUGAAUUUUGGUGCGCAUUGGAGAAUAAAAGCCUUGUAAAUAUC